UAGUUAUGGACUCAAUUUAGUAUAAAAGUCUUAAAUUUAUGUGGUUUAAGUAACAAAUUCAAUUUGUACAAUCAUUAAUCCACAAAUCUAAACAAAAUGUUCAAAUUCAUCGCUGUCUGCUUCUUCGCUUUGUUGGCUGUUGCUGCCGCUAAACCAGGUUUGGUAGCUCCCUUAGCUUACUCUGCUCCCUUGACUUAUGCCGCCGCUCCCGCUGUUGUUGGUCAUGCUUCUUAUGUAGCUCCUUAUGCUUCCACCUACAAUGCCCACCAUAUUGCUCACUCUGCUGCCUUCCCUGCCGCUUAUGCUGCUGCUCCCGUUGUAGCUGCUCAUUACGCCGCUGCUCCCGUUGUAAGCGCCGCUUAUGCUGCUCCUCUUGCCACUCCUUUCGCCGGCCCUGUUUUGUUGAAGAAGUAAAUUUGCUGAAUUUUUGCAACAUUUUUUAGACUAAAAUAAAAAGUUUUAAAAAAAUCCGA